AUGUUAUCACCUCGCCUACUACUACUGCAACAAGUCAUCCUUCUUUUACAACCAGAGCUGGCCGCCGGCGAUAGACUCCACGGACUCCAGGCAAGAGCGAACGGAUUUUCGGAUUUUGGGCAGCAACUUCUCCAAGGCGCCAUAGGGUUCGGGCAGCAGAUAGGUUUGGUUCCGCCCGGAGCGGGCCAGGGACGACGAAGACCACCAGCAGCAGCGCCUCCAGCACGAGCGCCGGCACCAGAACCAGUAGCGUCACCAGAGCCGGUAGCAUCACCAGAGCUGGUAGCAUCACCGGAACCGGUAGCAUCCCCAGAGCCGGUAGCAACACCAGAACCAGCUCUGCCUCAGGUGGAGAUACCAUCAGCAGCACCAGCACCAGCACCAAUUGUACCCCAGGCCCCAGAGAUAGCGACACCGGUGAUAGCACCGUUUUUGAUAUCACCACCUUCUCCAGCAGCAGUUUUGCCGUCUCUACCCUCGGCCCCCUUUGCGGAUUUUGAAUCUCGACUUUCCACCUUUGGCCAGAGACUAGGGCUGCUGCCUCCGGGGGCCGCGAGGAGUCAGACUUCACCAUCGGCACAGGUUACACCGUUUCCACCUCCUGCACUAGCACCACAGGUGCCAACUACGACGGCCGAGGUCACGUCGCCACCUACCCCGGCUGCUCCGGCUCCGACCACCCCACCCCUAUCGCCGACCGAGCCGCCGUCUUUGCCGUCUUCAUCUUCUUCUUCUUCUUCAUCUUCUUCUUCUUCUUCGUCUUCCCUGUCUUUGGCCAGGCCGACUACUCCUCCGCUCUCGUCGACUACCGCGGGGCCUGUGGUAACUGCGUCAGCAUCAUCGUCUUCUGUACCACCGGCUCCAGCGAGUCUCACAAAUAUCCCGGCUGCAGAACCAAAGCCCCAGACGUCAUCAGCGGCUCCAUUCAUCCCCUUUUUCCCUAUAAUCUCCAUACCACUACCGCAGCAGACGCAGCCAGCGCAACCAGCACAGCCGGAUCAGCCAACACAGCCGGAUCAGCCCCCGCCAGGCAUCAGCGCAAACUCGACUUCGCCAGGCGGGCAGCAGGGACCCGGCAUGGAAGGAGGCAACAAGCCGGUGGCCCGCAUCACGGACUUCACGCAGGGCUCGUUCCUGGGCGAGGUGCCGACGCGGGACGUCGACCUGCCGCUCACCAUCAUCUUCCUGGUACUGUUCAUCGCGGGGGCCGUGACGCACAUGUCCAUCUACCAGACCAACUCGAGGAGGGGCCACAAGUUCCUCUUGUCGGACGUCAUGUUUGACUUUUGCGUGGUGCGGUCCUUGAGCUGCAUCUUUCGCAUCGCGUGGAUCUUUCAGCCGGUCAAGGGGGUGAUUAUGAUGGCUGUGAUUCUGCAGACGGGAGGUGCCGCCGUUGCAGCCCUACUCAACAUCUUCUUCGCCCAACGCCUCCUCCGAUCCAUGCACCCCAAGGUAGGCUGGCACCCGGCGGUGGGGCCCGUCACGACGUUCCUGGCAUUCUCGGUGCCGGCAGCAAUCAUAUGGCAGAUCACGCACAUGUUUGUGUUGUUCUUCACGUCGGUCGACAACACGGACCGCGCCAGCAUCAUCUCCAAGGACCUCGAGGCCGGCUCGGCCUACGUGCUCUUCCUGGUGACCUUUCCCAUCCUCGUCACGUGCGUGGUCACCGGCUGGCCCGGCCCGCGGCCCGAGCCCUUUGGCGUGGGCGACUGGCGCGUCAAGAAGAGCAUCGUCCUGGCCAGCGGCGCCCUGCUCACCGUCGGCGCCGCCAUCCGCCUCUCCGCCCUGGUCACCCCCGAGGUGCCCGGCGGCCACAGCCCCAUCUUCAGCCGCGCGACCUUCUACACCACCCAGUACAUGCUCGAGAUCUUCGUCGUGGCCCUGUACGCCGCCGCCCGCGUCGACCUGCUCUUCUUCGUGCCCAACGGCAGCUCCAAGCCCGGCGACUACUCUGGCCGCAACCAGGCCGCCGCCGCCGCCGCCGCCGCCAACGGAGAAAAGGGCAAGGGUGCGCCGCUCGUGCUCCGCGACGACGUCGAGGCCGCGCUGGACCGCCUCGAUGCCCCCUACGAGAUCCUCCGCAACCCGCCGCCGCUCGAGACCCGCGGCCUCCCGCCCGGCCGCGACGUCGUCUGGGCCCUCGUGUCGGUCGACAAGCCCGAGGGGGCCGGCAAGCGGGGCAGCACCAGCGGGCCCGGCGGCGGUGUGCGGGGCGGCAACGUCGACGAGCGGUCGUCGUCGUCGUCGCCCAAGUCGCCGCGGGUGCAGCGCGUGUUUGCCGACGGGGACUCGAGCAGCGACAGCGACGAGUACUACUACUACUCGCCCACGCAGCCCGGGCUGCGGCCGCCGGUGUGGGUGCGUCGGUCCGGAGCAGCGGGUGGUAGUGGUGGUGGUGGUGGUGGUGGUGGUGGUGCAACGACGGCCCGCGAGGUGUUCCCCGACACGCUGCCGCAGCGGCCGACGCGGGUGUCGAGGCGGGCGUCGGUGCUCGAGGCCAUCAGGCCGCGCAUCAUGCGGGCGCGGCAGGAGGAGCAGCAGCGCGCCGCGGCGGCCGCCAUGGCCACGGCGGCCGCCGGCGACGCUGGCAUCCCCUCUCCGCCCUCGCCCGUGUGGUCGUCUUCGCCGGAUCGGCCGAGCUACGUGUCGUUCUGCGACGAGGAGGACGAGUUUUACAGGCGAGCCGUCAUCCGGGAGACCAUCCCCGUGUACUUCCCCGGGGCCGAGAGGAGCUCCGAGUCCUUCAUGUCAAAGGAGUAG